AUGUCUGAUAACAAAAGAGUUGUUUUAGGGGAUAUUUCGUUAAACAAGACUGCGGUUAACGAGCAAGUUAAAAACGGUGGAAAGAAGAAGAAAAAGGCUGCCAAGAAGGAAAAGCUAUCCAGUUCAAAAACCAAGCAAGAAGAAGCGCCUUCCACAAUUGUUCCUGUAAAGACAAAAGAGAAAAAUGCAUGCAAAGUGAUUAAUGGUCUGGCUGUAAAUAAAGCCGCCAUCAGCACCAUUAAAAACAAACCAAUGUUAGCUCUGUAUAUUGGAGGUUUGGGAAAGAGCAUAAACUCUAAAACUUUGAUUGAAACAUUUAAAGAUUUUUUGUCUUUACAAUCGGCAAAAGUUUGUUAUGAUUCCUUGACCGGUGAUUCUUUAGGCUACGGGUACCUUAACUUUACCUCACAAAAAGAACUUGAUAAAUUUGUCGAUAAAUAUAACUACAAAAGAAUGUUAGGUGGAGAAAUCAAGUUAAUGCCCUCGUUGAGAAACAGUGUGUACAGAAAAAAUAUUGGCACAAAUGUGUUUUUCAGCAAUCUUCCACUACACAACUCCGGCCUUAGUACAAGAAGAUUCUAUGACAUUUUCAAAAAAUAUGGCAAAAUUCUUUCGUGUAAACUUGACGCUAGAAAAAAUAUUGGGUUCGUAUAUUUUGAAGAUGAUAAGGCUGCCACGAAGGUCAUUAAUGAUUUUAAUAACACCGAUUUUUAUGGAAAUAAAAUUGUGUGUGGGUUGCAUUUCGAUAAAGAUCUGAGAAACUAUCCCGGAUUUGAAAAAAGGAAAGCAGUUCUUACAGGCAACGUGGUAAUUGAAAAUGAGCUAGCUGCACUGGACAAAGAGACUGCAGUCCCCAAGAAUAAAGCACCACAUCCGAAUGCGGUUUUUGUGAAAAAUUUACCUGUAGACGUAACGACAGACGAACUUUUGGACUAUUUCAGUCAGUUCGGUCCUGUCAAAUCAGUGUAUACGUCUCGAACCACACAGCACACCUCAGAAUGGGCGUUUAUUACCUAUAAAUGGCAAAAGGAUGCUCAAAAAUUGCUGGAUGACUUUCCAACAGUUGAAUUCAGGGGUAGAACAGUUACUGUUGCUAGAGCAAAAUUAAAGAGCAAGGAACCAGAAAAGUUAAUUUCUUUGAAACCCACAGUCGUAUUGGAGAAUAUCGGCUCUAUUUGCACAAACGAGUUUUUGUCCCGUAUAUGCGAUGUGGCUAAUGUACAUUUUGAAGAUAUGGUUAUUACCGGCUAUGACAAUGAAACAGCAUCAUUUGACGGGUAUUUAACUUUCAAGUCAAUCAAGGAAGCAAUGAAAGCCCAAAAAUUUCUAGAUAAAAAGUUAGUGGGAGGAAAUACUUUAUCUGCAAAACUUGGCCAUUUUGACAAAAGUUCUUUCUCACAUAAUUUCCUUGCUGAUGGGAUUACCACCAAAAUGAUCAAUUCCGUAAACAGGUAUUUGGUAAAUAACCCCAAUCAUAAGAAAGACCGCCAAAACAAGCCUAAUGCUCCCCCCGAUUGUAGAUGUAUGGAUGACAUCUGCGAACAUUUGGAAAAAAAAAUAUCCCAAAUGGUUAAAUCAUUCAAACCAAAUAUCACACUUACACAUGCAAGUAUUAAAUGUGUGGCCGAAUACAUCAUCGAUUCAUUUUGGUUAGGCGAUGCUACGAAUUUGGACAGCUUUCUGACUAUUGCCAACACAAACAUUCACUUUGACCAGAUUCUUAUUCGGCAGAUUGAAAUCGCCACUAAAACGCUAGGUAUUUUGAAACAAUAG